AAAGUGAGACUGUCUCAGAAAAAAAAAAAAAACCCACAAAAAACAAGAAACUGGCUGAGCAUUGACAUGCCACACAAGGCCUACGAAGGAGACCGGGUGGUUAUACAGUGCUCUGGGGAAAAAAAUAAAAACAUACGGAGACUGAUGUACUACAAGGACGGGUCACUCAUAUCUACUUACGACAGUGCCUCAAGCUACACCAUUUCCCACGCCAGAGCCAGUGACAGUGGCUCCUAUUAUUGUAAGGCUGAUAGGAAAUAUUUCCUCUUCGUAGAUGUGACAGAAGAAACACGAUCUGUGUGGCUCACUGUGCAAGAGCUGUUUCCCGCACCUAGGCUGACAGCCAGACCCUCCCAGCCCACAGAAGGGAGCUCAGUGACCCUGUCCUGUGACACCAGCCUCCCUUCAGAGAGGUCGAGGACCCAGCUCCACUACUCCUUCUUCAGAGAUGGCCACACCCUGAAGUCAGGCUGGAGCUCAGCAGAGCUUUGGGGCUUAACACUAUGGACAGAAGACUCGGGGUACUACUGGUGUGAGGCCAUGACGGCAUCCCACAGUGUCUCCAGGCGGAGCCCUCGAUCCCAUAUUCACGUGCAGAGGAUCCGUGUGUCUGGAGUGCUCAUGGAGACCCAGCCCCCAGGCGGGCAGGCAAUUGAAGGGGAGACGCUGGUCCUCAUUUGCUCUGUGGCUGAAGGCACAGGGGACACCACAUUCUCCUGGCACAGAGAGGACAUGGAGAGUCUGGGGAGGAAAACUCAGCGUUCCCAGAGGGCAGAGCUGGGGAUCCCUGUUGUCAGGGAGAGUCACGCGGGGGGAUACUACUGCACUGCGGACAACAGCUACGGCCCCGUGCAAAGUGGGGUGGUGAACGUCACCGUGAGAAUUCCAGUGUCGCAUCCUGUGCUCCGCUUCCGUGCUCCCAGCACCCUGGCCCUCCCUGGGGAGGUGGUGGAGCUUAGCUGUGAAGAGCAGAGAGCUUCUCCCAUACUCUACAGGUUUUAUCAUGAAAACGUUACCCUGGGGACCACCUCAGCCCCCUCUGGAGGAGGAGCAUCUUUCUUCCUCUCCUUGACCGUAAAGCACUCUGGAAACUACUCCUGUGAUGCCGACAAUGGCCAGGGACCCCAGCACAGCGAGGCGGUGGCACUCAAGGUCACAGAGACUCCACCCAAAGUUCGCUUGAUGAAUGGGCCCCACCCCUGUGAAGGAAGGGUGGAGGUAGAACAGGAAGGUCGCUGGGGCACCGUGUGUGAUGACGGCUGGGACAUAAAGGACGUGGCCGUGGUGUGCCGGGAGCUGGGCUGCGGAGCACCCAGGCACACGCCUGCGGCCAUGUUGUAUCCCCCGGCGGCAGAGGAGGCGCAGCCUGUGCUCAUUCAGGUCGCCCUGUGCAACGGGACCGAAGCAGCCCUGGCCGAAUGCGAGCAGGUUGAGCCCUUCGACUGCGGGCAUGUUGAGGACGCGGGCGCAGUGUGUGAAGCAUCCUCACUUAACAGUUUUUAAAGAUCUGAAGACGGGAGACCAGCAGACCUCCUAUUUUCCCCCUUUUGGCCUGACAGGCCUAGAUGAUCCCGCAACUGAGGAGGG